UUCUGCCACAUUUGGUCUGAAUCCAAUUGGUACUAAUGUCAAGUCACUUGCCUAUAGAUAUGCCUAAAGAAACACAACGUCCAAAAGAUGCUAAACUCAAAUCUAGCAAGCACCGAGACUAAAUUAACUUUAAUCCCCUCGAGACUACUUUUACUUGGAACAUAAACAUCCAAAGUCUAAAGUGAUAUCAAAUUUGUACAAAUGUGAGGUGAAGAAUGGCCUGCAGAUCCCAAGGGCGCUUAGUAAACGAGAAAAAACUUAGAUCUUCUGUCAUUCAAUCUCAAAUAUCAUUCACUGUGACUUCAAUCAAGCAAUCACAGUUAUGGCGAUCUUAAGGAGCAUUAACAACCAGGAAAAGAAACACAACCGAGAAUUUUCAGUUUUAGUUCGAAUUUUUAUGUCUUGAUUUUUAGUAUUCGGUUUGGUUUUGUUAUUACAAACGUGUGUAAAAAAGAACAGCUUCGAAGAAACCUGAAAGACACACACACACAAUUGACAAUCUCAAUACUCAUUGAACAACGGCUAUUUCUAAUAGACCGAGAAACAUAGAUAGAGCUGAUGACUCUUCAUCAUCUAUCCUCGCAUCUCAAUGGAUUACAUUUGAUUUAUCCACAAAGUCCGAGACUUUCAUCAAUAUCUCCACUCUCUGUGUCGCUCCCUUCGAUUCCUCAUCGAACCCAGUUCCAAAGUUUGGUUCUUUGUGCAAGGAGGAGGAAGAAAAGAGGCGGGCACGGGAGAAUUGCGAGGCUUAUGUUCAAGUCUCUGUCUUUACUGUCUACUAAUCUCCAGAUUCUACCGCAGCCGUUGGAUCUUGUCAUUGCUGAUUUAGGCGGAGGAGGAGGAGGAGGUGGUGGGAGAGGGCUUUGGAGAGGAUGGGGGAGAUUCGAUGGGUGGAGAAGGAAACGGAACAGAGUACCAAUUUUGAUUCUCGUUUGUCUAGUUAUGUGGAUUUAUGGUUACUGCAAAGUCUCUGGGAAGGUGAUAAAGAGCGAUGAGAUUCUCAAGGUUUUAGGAGUUUGCGUGCUUGGUAUCAGUUUGGUGAAAGAGCUCAAGAGAGAAGCUAGAUCUUUGCUCUUUGUGUUCCUCUGUUUGGUUGCUUCACUGGUUUUUGGAUUCAAGAAAGAGAGUUUAGUGAAGUUAGCUUCUCAAGUCAGGUCUUGUUCUUCUUCUCUUCUUCUUAGUAAGAGGAGAUCUCGUAGAAGAGUUUAAGCUAAAGGUCUAAUUUUUUACUGCAUUUAGAUUUGAUGAAUGCUUUCAGUUAUUAUGUUACCAUUGAACAAAACGAGAGGAGAAGAAUGAGAAAGCGCACUUCAAAACAA